CCCUCCCUCAAACUGAGGAACACAUAUGUAAAUCCUUGUUUUUUUCUGGUGAGGCAGGGGAGGCCAUAGCCAGUGUUUAACUGCAUGCAUCUGACAUGGGCCGGGUUUAACCCCAGCGCUCUGACCUACACUGCUCAGCUCCCGGAAAUUGCAAGGAACGCGGUGGCCUUAGUCUUUCAGGUGGGAGAGCGUGCGACAUGGGAAAGAAAACCAAGCGGACGGCUGACAGCUCUUCUUCGGAGGAUGAAGAGGAAUACGUGGUGGAGAAGGUGCUAGAUAGGCGCGUGGUGAAGGGGCAAGUGGAGUACCUCCUGAAGUGGAAAGGCUUUUCCGAGGAGCAUAAUACUUGGGAACCUGAGAAAAACUUGGAUUGCCCUGAGCUAAUUUCUGAGUUUAUGAAAAAAUACAAGAAGAUGAAAGAGGGUGAGAACAAUAAACCCAGGGAGAAGUCAGAAAGCACCAAGAGGAAAUCCAAUUUCUCCAACAGCGCUGAUGAUAUCAAAUCCAAAAAAAAGAGAGAGCAGAGCAAUGACAUCGCCCGGGGCUUUGAGAGAGGACUGGAACCAGAAAAGAUCAUUGGAGCGACAGAUUCCUGUGGCGAUUUAAUGUUCCUAAUGAAAUGGAAGGACACAGAUGAAGCCGACUUGGUUCUUGCGAAAGAAGCCAACGUGAAAUGUCCACAGAUUGUGAUAGCAUUUUAUGAAGAGAGACUGACGUGGCACGCGUAUCCCGAGGACGCGGAAAACAAAGAGAAAGAAACAGCAAAGAGCUAAAGGAGGGGUGGGCUCUGUCUUUCUCUUUGUACAUAAUACAUUCACCUCCCUUGCCUCCUCUUCCUUCUGCCCACCCCCUUCUCUCCUAAACACAUCCAUAAAAAAUGUGCUUCUCACUGUGCCCCACAGGGGGAAUGUUGGUAUUGGUUCUCUGGUAGCCUAACUGAUGGUCUGACUCAUGCGCAGUGUCUCCGUGCAGACCAGGCAUUUACAUACUGUGUGUAACUCCCACGAUGGUUUCCUUUGCCCUGAUCUCCUCCUCCUGCUCCCCUGUGACCUCAAGAGGAGUUUUAACUUUUUAAUCACCUUCAAGUCCUGAUCUUUCCAGGGUUGGUCACUUUUUAAGAUUGGGGGAUUUUGUUACAAUGAUGAGUAAUUUUGAUGUCUUGCUUUGGUCCUCAGAACGUGUUGAUGACCAGCUGACUGUUGUUCUGACAUACUGGGAUGGAAAGGAUGUUGCCCGUCUUUUAAAAAGCCAGUGGCAACUGCCACCUGUUGGGGCUUUCCCAGCCUAGUCCGGCUCCCCCCAGGAGCAUACAGGGUUCUUGUGGCCUUCUGGGCCAGCCUCUGUUCGUCCUCACCCAUCCUCCCAGAAUAACUCCGUCCCCGGGAGAACCACGGUCUGCAUUGAACUUUGUCAAGGCCCUCCUUUUGGCCCCAGGACCUUCGGCCUUGUUCUUAGCAAUCCCUAAGGCUCCUUCUGCAAGGUGGCGUCAGUUUGUCAUAAAAUGGCAAGAUGGUUAGCUGUGCACGUUGUUAGCUGUAGUCCAUGAGGACGACAUGGGUGGGGGUAGGAUGCGACUGUCUUUCUGAUCACACGUGGUAUGUUUGUAUGAUUUCCUUCCAUCCCUCGUGUUUAGACAAUGUAUUUAUGUAGGUAUGAGUGAUUGCUUGGUGCUUGCUUGUGCCAAGGUGCUAGGCACCCUCCAACCCUGCCAACUUUCGUGGCCUCCCAAAGCAUUCCUGUUACCAAAGAGGCUUCAAACCUGAGUCGCUUCUCAGCGGAUCUAAGCUUCCCACCCCUGCCCCCCAUGCCGUUAUUUUCAGUGGAGAAUUCUUGGAGGGGACCCAUUGGCCACAGUGUCGAUUUGAAAUGUUCACAGCGGUUACAGCUUCCUGCUUCUUAGCUCCUAGAUUGCCACCGAGAACCCCCGAAGUGUUGGUAUUCUUCCCAUCCUCCCCUCCAAGUUCUAGGUCUGUCUGAUUUUUAAGAAUGUGUUUUCCAUGGAAGACUAUCACCUUAGGAAGUGACAGGCCCUCUGGCGUUAGCAGUUUUGACACAGCCUCUCUCUCUGCGCAGCACAGUCUUUCCCUUUUGGUUUCUUCCUGCUUUGUUUUGUUGAGAGUUUUUUGUUUUUUUUUUUUCCCC